UUGCAGUCGCUCAUUAUCUGCCGCCAUAGAGGGGUUCGGCCAUAACGCGGAUGACGCCACAAUUCAGAGGCUAGAAACAGGAGAGUCUUCGCAGAAACGACGUCGAAUCGACUUCGGUAAAGAUCUUGCCGUCGAGCACGUGGCUGGCGAACCAAGUGAUGUGCCGACCACCGAGACAGUAGCAAAACUGCCAAAGUCGCUAAAAAUCCAGCCGCCCCGAAGGUCAGAAAACCCCGGGCCGAAAAGGUGGCAAAACCACCGAAAACCCCCAAGCCAAAGAAACCAAAGACCAAAGCGAUGACCAUCACUGACCUGGUGACUUCUGCCUUCCGACCUUUGGCUGAGGAAACUGCCGAAGCCGGUACAGUCUCGUCUUUCUUCACACCUCGCCUGGAGCCCGCAAAUCCGGAUGUAAGUGACGCACAACAGAGCGCUUCAACAAUUGAGCCUGCCAAAACCAAGACGCCACGCGUGCCCCUGAAGGUCAUUGAUCCGCAUCAGACUAUCGCCAGAAAGGUCAAGCCAAGCAGCGCUGUCAAACCCAAGAAGCGAAAACCCAAGGUCAAGUCCAACGAAGACGAUCACACACCCGAGCUUCUCGUCCCCGAAAUGGCACGUGCAAUUGAGAAAUCACAAGGGUUUUUGUUCGGCACUUCAAGUCAACUCGCGGCAGAAGAAUCUCCUUCCUUCAUUCGGGAUAUGCAGAUGGCCAUUGAACAGUCCGAGGCUUUUCUGCCGCCAUCUUUGCACACAUCUCGCACAGGGACACUGCUCCAACGUAUUCGUGCUGCAGGCCACUCUCCGGAGAAGGCACCUCGUGGCAUGUGGCGCGAAGCAGCUAGGGACCGGGAAGGUGGGUUGCAAGCCUGUGGGCGACGGCGUCGAGUCAAGGGCUCGUUCGCUCCCCGCGCUACUGAGCCAGUCGCCGAAUCAGUUGGGUUGGGUGAUGAUAUUCCGCAUGCCGAAGCUCAAGUCACUGCCCCAAGGCUCAAUCCCCAAGAUGAUAGUGCAGUUGAGCCAUGCCGACAAUUGCCAGAGGUCUCCGUCCAAUGCGCUGAUAUUGCGGGCGUUCAAGCGCUUUGCGACAGUACCUCUGAUCUGCUAGCUGCUCGUGAGGUUCCGUUGGCAGUCGUACCUGAUGAUGCGAUGGACGCCGGAGUGAUCGCACCAGAAUCUGUGUCUUCCAAUCGUCUAAAGGAUCCGCCUAUCUCGGAUGACUGGAUGUUGUUGUCGAGUGAUCCCACUGUCGAAGAGGAACCAGCCACAAUAAUAAGUGCAGACCGUGAUCAAAAUGAUAAUUCCGAGGAACAAAUUCGCGCUUCCCAAAUGAGCCAGCCGAGACGAUUGCCCUGGGUGCAAGAUGCCGAGCAUAUUAUAGCUACGGGAUCGCAGAACACGUCUGGUUUGUCGAGAGAACCAUUACGGAACCUAGAUCGCAAUCAGCCGGUAAUUGCAGUAGGUCUGGAAAACGCCGAAUCAUCCUCCGCUCCGACGACGAAGCCCAGAGGAAGGCCGAAAAAGAGUGAGGUCUCAACUACGUCGACAACCCGAAGAGGUAGACUUAAGAAGGGCGCUGCUGCGACCAUAUCAACAGCAGAAGCGAUGCCUCCUUUGAAAACGGCUUCCUCUCAGCCCGAGAGGCCCGUUGCAUCGCAAUGGAUGGUCAUCGACGAGAUCUCCGAUUCGGACGUACCAGUCACACCCUCUCCACCUCGCCUGCGGAGAACCGUCUCAUCGCCUCCAACGAUUAUUCCCUUACCGCUCAGUCUUCCGAGCUCACCUCGGCGAGCAGAAGUCCCAACACUCCUCCAUCCCAUAUUGAAUGCGACAGAUGCUGCGUGGCCUAGCGUGCGCGAGUCGCUCUUCCCGAAGAUCACCAAACUUGUCAAGAGCACGCCCCCUAGUACGGAGAUGAAUAUGCCCACGUGGCAUGAGAAAAUGCUUUUGUUUGAUCCUAUUGUGCUGGAAGAUCUCACUGCUUGGCUCACGGAACAGGGACUGAGAUAUGAACUCCAUCGACCGAAGCCUAAGGCGAAGACAAAGGUGGCGAAGAGCUCCAAGAAGGCUACUGAAGACAUUGAACCCGAGCCUGAUGCAAAUUCGAAUUUGGAAAUUGUUCAGGAAGAAGUGAAGCCAUGGAUGGUGCAGCGGUGGUGCGAAGAGAAAAGUAUCUGCUGUUUGUGGAAGGAAGGUUUACGCGGUGGAGUCAAGGUGAAGUACUGAACCCUCCCUUGUGUACACAAACGACAAACGAAGUGAUGAUUGAAAUAACGAUUAAGAUCCUGUAUAUCGAACGA